UAGAGCAAAUCAGUUUUACCAAAACACCAGACGGACAAGGAUCUAGCCUGACAGAUUAUUUUGUGACAUCUUGUGUGAAAGAUAUUACAUCUUGAAAGGAGUUUUACCUUAACUUGGAUCUUUAACUUGACAACCUUAGUGAAAAAAUCCAUCGCCAUGUUGACAAAUCACGUGAUCCUGUUUGUUCUGAUGUGUGUCGUGUCGGUGCUUAGCAACCAGAUGCCAUGCCCUAGUGACCAAUGUCGUUGUGAAAAAGGAACCAGCGCAAGAGGCCGCAUCAUCAACUGUCGUGCGAGAGGCUUGUCGCAGAUUCCUCAGUUUCAACCUUCAGACGAAAUGUUUUACGAACUUACGCUUGCAAACUCAGUGGGCUGUUCCGAGUGUAAUAACAUCACCGUUAUUCCUUCAGGAGCCUUUGCUGGACUUAAAUUCAAGAUACUUGAUCUGAGUGGAAACAAAAUUAGUCAUGUCUCUUCAGAAGCGUUUAAGCGUCUAGUUCCAAUGCUGAGGGAGAUCUCAAUUGAAGGCGACGGCCGUCAUCCACCGCCGUAUCAAGAACUGUCUGUUUUGACAAAUCUUCAAACUCUUACUCUGAAGAACUUUAGCCAGCUGUAUAUGAACAGAGAGAACACCGAUUUUCAAAAUUUAUUGAAUCUGGAGGAACUCAAUCUCAAGAACAUGGAGAUCUCGCAUAUUUCAGAAAAUGUUUUCAAAGAUCGUCUUCCAAAACUAAAACGCCUUCAGCUCGCAUUCCUUCCACUGGAAACCCUGCCCAGUUUGAGUCUGCGUCACCUGAAUAAAUUGGAAGUUUUGCGUGCCAUUAGCGUAGAUAUAACUGAAAUUCCUUACCGAGCAUUUUCAAGUUUCAAAAAUCUUAAAGAACUAGAUCUCUCUCACAACGAAAUCAGAAUAAUGACGCCCGGAUGCUUCGAUGGUAUUGAAGUCUCCUUGGAAUACCUCGGACUUCAUCUGAACAAACUGAAUGAAAAGAACGUUGGACCUUUGGCAGCGGCGAGCUGGACGAAUUUAAGACAAUUGAAUCUAGGACACAACAAACUGACAAGUGUGCCAGUCGGGUUAUUUUUUAACAUGAAUGCCCUUGAAUAUCUUAACUUGGAUUCUAACCAGAUAACCUCACUGAAGCCCAGUACUUUCCAGGGUUUACAAUCUCUGGACUAUAUGGACCUUUCUUAUAAUAAGCUGCCUUCAAUUUCCACAGGCGCAUUCCUUCACACACCUAGACUGACCCAGCUCGAUAUUAGAGGACAGGAUACGCUCAUAUUCAAUCUCUCGCGACAAGGGAUCCAAGGACUAGAAAACACAUUGGAGGACCUUAUAUUGACCGACACCCCCGUUUACGAGCACGCAAUGUGGCGUGCUGUGUCGGCACUUAGUCGGCUGCAGACUUUGAAACUGGGUGGAACAAAGGUCACCGCCAUUCCAGACUUCCAGUUCAUCAACAAUCGCAACAUGGUCACCCUCAUGCUUGACAGAAACGGAAUCACAGAUUUGUCACAGAGGACAUUCCAUGGAUUAGCUGGAACAUUGAAAACCCUUAAUCUCCAAGGUAACUCCAUCCAAUCCAUUGAUAAAUGCGUGUUAACGUCUAUGACAAAUUUGGAGAUGUUGUAUCUUGGUAAAAACCCUCUCAGGUGCGACUGUAAAAUGAUAGCGUUAAAGGACUGGAUUUUAACUAGGAUAAGUAAAAAUUUCAUUUUCCAGUAUAUGGUAGACGCCAUGUGCCGAGCACCGUCUGCGAUCAAUGGCCGCGAGCUCUGGGAACUUGAAAAUAGCCAACUGACAUGUGAGACAGACCACGUGAUCACAAAAUGCGAAACAUUACCGGAUGUGAUUACAACUACGGAAGCACCGACUGCCAGCGUUAUUCCCACAGUAGAAAGUGAUGAUAAUGCUUUGUUCAGAUUCACACGGCUGGUGGAGACACAAAAUACUGUUGAAAUUGAUUGGUCUGUCAUGGAUGACAGGGUAGUUUCGGGAUCUAAACUGGAAUAUCAACUUCUUGGACAUACCUCUGAAAAUAUGGUUGUCGAUUUGUCGCCAUCUUUGAAAAACUACGUCGUUUCCGGUUUACGUCCAGAUUCGAACUACUUGAUUUGCCUCGGUGUAUUAACAAGAAGCACAAGAUUGCCGUCUAUAAGACCCAGAAAAGUGUGUGUCGCAGUCAAAACUUUAUCGUGAAUCUCUGUAUGAAUUUAAAUUAUUUAAGCUUGAUUCAUUCCUUUUCUCAUUCUGGAGUAUUGUAGUCGAUAUUUCGGUCACUGGGACCAUAUAGAUCAUAUUUAAUAUUCACCGAGUUGUAACUGUUACCUCGAUUUUCUUUACAUGGUUGACAAACAUUCUAGUGAAUAAGAUUCAAUAUUUUAACAAACGAACGCUUUAUAAGCGGGAACAUUGUAGUUUAGUUUCUGAUGUAUUGUACAUCAGAGGCGGUGAUAUUUAACACACGGCAACGAACGCUGACUAGGCUUAAAUUACUUUUAUACAAAAAAUAAUUAAUAAUUUCUCAGAAAUAUGACCAAACGGACCAAACCAUUGUCAGAUAUUACUAUGUAUAUAUAACACAAUUAUAUCAGUAUACCACGUAUGUAUUUUGUGUGUCUUAAUACAGAAUUGUAUAAUAUAGAAGGAUACAGGGGAGACUACUCGUCAUAGAACUCCACAUUCCAAUGGCAGUUGUCGGAAACCGCUAUGAAUAGUAAUCUGGGUAUCGAGAUAAUCUUUUAAAUUUGUACUAUAUAUUUAUUGCUUUAACCUUGUACAUUGCAUAUGUCACUCAAGACCCAAUGAAAUCCAUUGUUAUAUUUAUUAUAAUUAUAUGUAAGUUUUGUUUUGUCAUUAUUUUAUAAGCAGCUGCAAUAUACCUAAUAUAUUCUCAACUACCUUUAUAUAAGUUAUUCGUGGAUAAACAAUUUAUGCAACGAUUUUUAAGACCCUCGUCUCUAGAAGUCCAAAGAGGCUACCAGCAGGUCGAGAUUCAUCCACUUUAAAACGCCAUAUGUAGUUCACAAGUGACCUUUACAGCUAGAAAACUGAAAACAUUUUAGUGGCAGAAACACAGUUGUUUCACAUAAGUUUUAACAACUCUAAACUAAGUUACCAUAAUCUUUGUGCUCUAGUCGCUCCGAUAUCUGAAAUCAAAUCUGUUUGAUUUUGACAUUACUCGUGUAAUAAUAUAUUGAUAUUUUUUGGAUAUGUGUUUUUAUUUUGUUAUAAUAUUUUAAUCUUGUUUUCAAUAAAAUUAUGAGAAAAUAAAAGGU